CCUAAUCAUUAUUCUCCUCUAUCGUCCUUUCUUCUCCUCUCAUCUGUCAAUAUCAGAAACCUCCAAAAAAAAAAAAAAAAAAAAAAGGAAAAGAAUCAAAGCCCAACUCAUUCCCAUCCAAUCGCCAUAGCCAUGGAGGACCACGACAGAUCGGGAGCCUACCGCUAUGGCGGCAACAGCUACCGCAACAGCAGCAGCAGCAACAACACCGACAUGCAGUUGCAGACCUACCAUGGCGGACCCCACGAGCUCAGAUGCCACAGCGCCUCCUACGCGCAGGCCCGAACGAACGGUAACGUCCGCGGCGACCAUAAAGGGAGGGACUUGAAGCCGAAGAAGGGGAAGGGCGCAUCUGGGUCGGCCUCCAAUUCCUGGGGCAUCGUCGCCGACCCCGAGUUCCAGAGGAAGCGGAGGGUCGCGAGCUACAAGAUGUACGGCGUCGAAGGGAAGGUCAAGGGGUCCUUCAGGAAGAGCUUCCGGUGGCUCAAGGACAGGUACUCGCGGGUCGUCAAUGGCUGGUGGUGAAUGGGCGGGGAGGCGCGCUUCUUGUGAGGUCAUGGCGUCGGUAUUUUUUCGUUCUCGAAUUCGAAGUUUGACGAUGGUUGAUCUCUAGGGAAUUUGGACUGAAAUGGUGGAGGGAAGCUGUAAAUUUUGGUGAUUCCUGGCAAUAUUUAAUAUUCUUUCCGUGCUGCACUACCUGUUCAUGUCGGUGUUCACAGGUCUCGCAGGCGUUGAAAUUGAGAUUAUUGUUUGUGGAGAGAGGCCAAUGCUCUUCUAGUUCAGUGCAUAUUUGAUGGGAUUGGAAAGUAGUUCAA